UAUCGGAUUUUUUAGAUGAAGACUUCUACCGGAUCAAGGACCUCCUCUGCGCACCUUGGAUGAAGAAUUCGGCUCGGCUGGGUGAUGACGACUCAAGGGCCAACAAUCUAUUGUAUGUUCCCGGGGGUACCCAAUCUAUGAUUUGUAUCUUCAGGUCCUUACUACUGCUCCCAUGAACUGCUGUAAAAUGAACAGCCAGAGCAGCUUCCCCCACCCGGAGAUCCUCUCUUCACACGUCAUCAAUGACUAAUCCCGAGGAAAGAAGAAACAUGUGCUCUGGGCUAGUGGACAAUUACAUGGCUGCCAUGGUGCUCAGUGGUGCUGGGGAUGCCCUGGGGUUCUAUAACGACAAAUGGGAGUUUUGCGACAGUGGUACAGAAAUCCACUCCCAGCUGGCUCAUCUUGGUGGUUUAGAGAAGAUAGAUGUGGAGCAUUGGAAAGUCAGCGAUGAUACGGUUAUGCACAUUGCCACAGCAGAAGCAUUGGUGGAAGCAGGUGAUAGAACAGACCCAGAGACACUGUAUCCACUUGUGGCAAAGAAAUACAAGGAAUGCAUGGAUGAUAUGGAUGGAAGAUCUCCAGGUGACACCUGCAUGUUUAGUGCAACGAGAUUGAAACCUGAUACUCCAGAUGGGUGGAAACUCCCAUUUGCGAAAAAUGCAGGUGGCUGCGGUGCUGCCAUGAGAGCCAUGUGCAUUGGCCUAAGGUUCCCAAACCCAGAGCAGCAGGAUGACCUGAUCCGUAUAAGCAUAGAGAGUGGACGGAUGACGCAUCACCACCCCACUGGAUAUCUAGGCUCCCUUGCCGCAGCACUCUUUACCUCCUUUGCUGUAAAUCGGAAGCCUACCCAGGAAUGGGGCAGAGCACUUCUUGACAUAUUGCCCAAAGCCAAGGAUUACGUGAGACAGUCUGGUCGAGAUGUACAAAAGAAUCUGCAUAAAUGGCCUUAUUUUGAAACACGUUGGGAAUUGUAUCUUACACAAAGAGGUAUUUUGGAUGGAAAAUCUUAUCCAAAAUUCCCUGAGAAGUUUGAUGUUGAGGAACGGGAUGAGUUCUACAAAUCCCUUAGCUACAGUGGCUGGGGAGGCAGCAGUGGACAUGAUGCCCCUAUGAUUGCUUAUGAUGCCAUCCUUGGUGCAGGUGACAACUGGACGGAGCUUGCUCACCGAGCGUUCUUUCAUGGUGGUGAUAGUGAUUCUACUGCUGCAAUCGCAGCUGCAUGGUGGGGGGCCAUGUACGGAUUCAAAGGGGUGCACAAAGCCAACUAUAAGAAGCUGGAAUAUAAAGAGAGACUGGAAACACUAGGAAGGGACCUUUACCAACUGUCAUAGAGAGUGAGAUAUAGGUAUAGAACCAUACAUUUGCAAAACUGGGAAGAAAAAUAACAAUAUUUAAUACUGAAAAUAUUAUAGUUGGAGAAAAAGUUUAUUUUAGUUGUUAAGUCUAUUUUAAGAAUUUGUUUUUAAUACAUUUAAUAAAAAACACCAAAACCCAUUUUAAAGGUUAUUAACCAUCCAACCUCUUCAAAUAACAUAAAACAGCAUUAUAAAUGACAACAUAUCUAUUCAUGAUGUAUUGUCUAAUAGGAAAGCAGCUAAAGCUCUCAGAUUAAUUGUAAAAAUAGUUUAAAGAAGCAGGGAUAACUCCUAAGCAAUGUAACAAACUUUAAUAGUAGACUUCAGUAGACAUAAGUCUAUUUAGGCAGCAUACCAUGCACAGCCUUAGUAAAAGAGUAAAAGUCAUCCUUUAUUGAUAUGCAUUAGAAGCAGAUAAACUCACAGUUACCCCUGUUUCUUUGUACUUAUGCACCGCCGGCAACGGUGGAAGCCGUGGAGGCAAUGGGAGGUGGUUGUGACGUGAUGGGAUGAGACGCCUACUCCACUGAUGCAAGGUAAUAUCUGCAUUGAUAAACUCCUCCGGUACUGUGUACCUGGUGCUGUCUACUGCACAUCCUUUACGUAAAAUGGGUUUAUCCUUACUGAAAAAGCAAUAUGCAAGCUUACCAAGAACCUAUUGAGACUUGUAAAGUCCUAUUUUAAAGGGGAAUAAAAGAAAACUUGAAUUGCACAAUAGUGCUGUUCAAAUUAACUUAGAAGCAUUUGCAUUACUUUGUUUUUGUAAAAAAAAAACUUUUGAUAAAUGUUAUUAAAGGUUUUGAUAACCUU